UUAUAUAACUACCUCUUCCUCUUCCUCCUCCUCCUCCUCCUCCUCCUCCUCCUUGAACUUCACUUCCUCCUCCACUUCUCCAUCUCCAUUAUCUACUCUCCUCCACUUGGCUCUCGCGGCUACCUCCACCCCUCCCUCUCCUCCUCCUCCUCCUUCUCCUCCUCCACCUCGUUCUCCACUACAGAGAUAUCAAACUUCUCCACUACGUUCAUGGAUGACUACAUGAAUUUCUCGUGUGAUAAAGACCCAAGAACAACUACAAACUUCUCACAAUACGAGUAUGAUGGGAGAACUACCAUCUGGGUGCCAAUUACCUGGAGGGAGGUCAUUAAGUUAAUCGCAUACAUCAUCACCUUCCUCGUCUCCAUCGUGGGCAACCUCCUAGUCAUACUGGUGGUGAGGUACAACAGAAACAUGCGUAGCUCCACCAAUCAGUACCUGGUGAACCUGGCAGUGGCGGAUCUACUGGUGACCCUCGUGUGUAAACUGGUCCACCUCAUCCGCCACCUGUCCUAUCCUCACUACGUCCUGCCAGCCAUCGUGUGCAAGUUGGAUGGCUUCGUGCAGGGUACCGCGUUGGUGGCCAGUGUGUUUACCCUUACAGUCAUUAGCAUCGGACGCUUCGUGGCCAUCAUGUUCCCGCUACACGCCCGCACCUCACCCGACAGAGCAAUAUGGGUGAUAGCUGCUGUGUGGAUCGCCGCUGCUCUACUGUCAAGCCCAAUGCUGAUCUAUAGAGAGUUUUAUAGUAUCAAGUGGUCUAACUUCACCACGUGGCACUGUAACGAGUUCUUCCCGAUGGAGAAAAAGGUUAUAAACGGACUGUGUGUGGUGACUUACGAUGCCAAGAAGCUGUUUUACAUCAUCUUCACCAUCACCUGUUACUUCCUACCUGUCACCAUCAUGCUAGUUAAUUACAGCCUGAUCGUGUGGAAGCUCUGGGGGGCGCAGCAACCUGGGGAACACCACCAGCAGCAGGUGGCGACGACACGCAACACCCAGCGCGUGGUGAGGAUGGUGACUGUGGUGUUGCUGGUGUUUGUGGUGUGUUGGACGCCUCUACAGACUCUCAUCCUCUACACCACUGUGCGGGAAGAAUACGAGUUCGUCAAUGAUAUAGAAUUUACAGCGUAUUUCGUGGCCCAGUCCAAUUCCGCCCUCAACCCGAUCAUCUACUGCGGCUUCAACGCCAACUUCAGGCAGGGGCUGGUGGCACUUCUCUACUGCAGGCACUCCAGAGGCAGUCACACCUAUUAUCCUCAGUCGUGGCGGGGCAUCACAGGGACCCGGGACACCACCUCUGGGUACUCUGGUCCGGAACCCGCGGUACUGGUGGAAAUGGGCUCCGUACGGCACAGCAGGCUUACGCAGAGGAGGUCCUCGUCGUCCGUCGGAGGGCGCGUGGUAUACACAGGACCAGGGAGAGAGCUAUGUCACGACCACCACCAUUACCACCACCACCACCUCUGCGACGGCCUGAACGACGUGGCUAAGACACAACAGAACACUGGUGGCAGCGGUGGGAUCAGUACCAGCAACAACAGUGGCGGCAGUAGUGAUGGUGGUGGCGGUGGCGACCUACAGGAGGUUACCCUGGCGCAGAGAACCUUCGUCAGAGCCUCCUACAGACAGAACGGCAGACUGAACAAUCACAACAACCACACGACAGCCUCCAGCUCCUUCGACAGUGGAAAAGGAGGGAGAGAAGGACGAGGAGAUACGGAGGAAACAUGUGGGUGCUGCUGUGGGAGGAAAAGUGGAGGUAAAUACAGAUGGAGGAGGAAAGAUUUUGGAAGAAGAUGGAUAGGUGGAGGAAUAGGAGGAUGGAGGAGGAGGAGAGGAAGGUGGGAGGUUGGGAGAGGAGAAAGAGGAGGAGAAAGAAGAGAAGUAAAUAGAUGGGGGAGGAAAGGAGAGCAGAGUGGAAGGAGUGGAUUAAAACCAGACCAUCCACUAUACAAAGAGAUCUAUACUUUAAACACUGGGCUCCCUGACGCAAUAUUUGUUAAGGGUUUCGAAGCGGUGGUGUAAAGGAGGUGGGCAAGGAAGGCACCAGUGAGCCAGUAAAGAAAAAAAAAAUGAGAGAGAGAGAGAGAGAGAGAGAGAGAGAGAGAGAGAGAGAGAGAGAGAGAGAGAGAGAGAGAGAGAGAGAGAGAGAGAGAGAGAGAGAGAGAGAGAGAGAGAGAGAGAGUUACAAAUUAAGAAUAAGAAUAGAAUAAGUGAGCAUGAAAAAUGAGAGAAAAAGGAAGGAAGAGAAGGAAAGGAAAGAACACGAACAAGAAAAGAGAGAAGAGGAAAGAGAAAAAAAAACAAAAACAAAACAUAUAUAAAGUUUUUGAGGAUGAGAAAAGAAAGAAGAAAAAAAGUGAAAAAGAGAAAGGAAGGGGAAAAGUAAUCAGGGAAAAAGUGAAGGACAAAGACGAUGGAAAUAUCAAAGGAAAGGGAAGAAAAAAAUAUGGGAAAGAAAGUGGGAAAAAAUUUGUGUGUUGAGAUUAAAAAAUAAAUAAAUAAAAUAGUUUGUUCAAAAGAGAAUGUGGCUUUCUUCUUUGUGUGUGUGUGUGUGUGUGUGUGUGUGUGUGUGUGUGUGUGUGUGUGUGUGUGUGUGUGUGUGUGUGUGUGUGUGUGUGUGUGUGUGUGUAAAUAAUCAAGAAUAAAAUAAAUAGCAUUUUCUCAGUUGUGUGUGUGUGUGUGUGUGUGUGUGUGUGUGUGUGUGUGUGUGUGUGUGUGUGUGUGUGUGUGUGUGUGUGUGUGUGUGUGUGUGUGUGUGUGUGUGUGUGUGUAGAGGCUAUGUAUUCACUACGUAAUGUAUUCUGCAUCCUAAUACAUAGCAGGUUCUUUAGUACAUACAUAUAUACACAUUUCUCAAAAAAGAAAAAAAUAUAUAUAAAAAUAAAUAAAAAAAAACUUGAAAAUACGACUGAUAAUAAUAAAAAAAAAUAAAUAAAUAAAACAGUAAUAAUAAUAAUAAUCUCCAUCUACCUCCUCCAGAACAAAGAAAUGUAUAUAUAUGAACAAAUACAAAAAUAAAUAAACAAAAUACAAAUUCUCUACUACUGCUAUGUUAAAAACUGUAUAGCACAUAAUGAUAGUAAUAGUAAGUGCAGUAGUAAUAGUAAACCAUUAGUGGUGUGUGUGUGUGUGUGUGUGUGUGUGUGUGUGUGUGUGUUUAAGAGAUAAUUACCUAAUGGGACUGUCAAUAGACCCAGUGUAGUUAAGUAUUGCAUUGUUGUAAGGUGAAAGCUAAUAUAUGUUGUGCUGUC